AUGGGCGUUCACGCGCUGCGAUGGGACGAGUCCGUGGUCGUGAACGGCGACGGGCGCGUGCGCGUCGUCGCGUGGUCGCGCGGCGGAGGCGGCGGCGGAGGCGAGGGCGACGGGGAGAAGGACGGCGGGAGGGUGCCGAAAUUCCGCGACGACGACGACGGCGCGGCCGACGACGGCGCGCGUCUCGUCCGCGGGUACGCGCCGCGUUACGAGCUGCCCGCGCGCGGCGAACGCGGCGGCGACGCGCUCACGCUCGUGUGCCGCGGGCACGUGGACGGCCUCGCGUGGGAGGACGUCCAUCGCGCGCUCGCGGACGCGAUGUCGUCGUCGUCGUCGUCGUCGUCGUCGCUCGCGUCCGCGCUCGCGUCGACGCCGAACGCGGGCGGGGCGUUCUUCAUGUUAGCCAGGGACGACGCCACGGGCGUCGUCGCCGCGAGGACGGACGCACUCGGAAGAGAGCCGCUCAUGACGCGUCGUUUCGGGGACGACGACGACGACGACGACGACGACGACGAAGUCCUUAAGGAACGGCGUUCACCACGCGAACGCGGUCGUAUGGGAACCAGUCACGACGACGACGACGACGGAUGGAUCUUCGCGAACGCGCCCGGCGGCGACUGGCCGUCGUCCUCGCGCGACGGAUGGUCGUCGCACCACCCGCGGCACGUCGCGCGCGUCGAACGCGGUGGUCGCGGCGGAAACGCGCUCUCACUCGCGCCGACCGCCGCGGUGGACGACGGCGGCGAUCUGAUCCCGCUGCUUCCGCCGCCGCUCGAGCCGCCGCCGCGCUUCGCCGUCGCCGUCGCCGACGAAACCGCCGCCUCCGGCUCCGACCCGGACGACGCCGGGAUGGCCGCCGCGGCCGCGCGCCUCGCGAGCGGCCUCCUCGCCGCGGUCGCCGACGCCGCGGAGCGCUCGCGCGUCACCGCCGAGCACCCCAUGGGCGUCCUCUACAGCGGCGGCGUCGACUCCACCGCGCUCCUCGCGUGCUGCGUCAGAUUACGCGUUCCGGUGGUCGCGUGCGUCGCGUGCUGGGCCCCGACCGGCGGCACCGCGGAGGCGUCCGACGUCGCGCCCGCGCGAAUCGGCGCGGCCGCGCUCGGGGUAAAGUUGAUCGAGCGCGAGGCGCGUUCUAUGUCACACUGGUCCCCAUACGACCGCGUCGGCGUGGUGAACGCCGAUCCUCAAGGACUUUUCCCGGCGUGUCUCUCCGCCUACCCCUCGCUUUCAAUCCCCGGCCUCGACGCCUUUCAACUCCGUCUGACGCCUUUGAACUCCACCCCGACAUGCGCUCGUAUAAAACGACCCAAAGCCGGCGUCGCGUUGACGACGUACUUCGCGUGCGACGCCGCGCGAAGCGCGAACUGCGCGGGCGUCCUCGCCGGCGGCGGCAGUGAGGAGCUCCUCGCCGGGUACGCGCGACACGCGCAGCGGCCGACGCGCGACAUCGACGAGAUGUCCGCGUCCGGGUUGCGGUCGCUGCAUCGGAGGGAUUUACAACGCGAUCACGCGGUGUGUGUAUCGCACGGGCUGUCCGGGCACGCGCCGUUCUUGUCCGCGUACGUCGCGCCGCACGCCGCGCUCGAGAUCCCGUCGAGGCUGAAGCUUCUUCCCGGCGGCGCGGAGAAGCGCGUGCUGCGCGUCGCGCUGAGCAGAGCGCCGUUGUCGGUGCCCGCGGAGCUGUGGACGCGGAAAAAAUGCGCGGCGCAGUACGGCAGCCGGUUCCACGUCGCGUUGCAAAAGGUGGCGCGGCGGUUGGGUCUCGGCGGCGGCAAGCUCGCGGAGGCGGUCGCGAUGUGCGAGCACAUCGGCGCGCGCGACUUGGAGCGCAUCGCGGAGGAGGACGCCAGGGCAAACGCGCGGCCGUCGCACGCGCCGGUGGAGGCGCGACGGUUGACUUUUCAUCUUCCGCCGCCGCCGCCGCCGACGCACGCGCUGAUUUAUUCCUCCGGGCACGGCAGCGCGACGUCGUUUCACACCGCGCUGCUGCAGCGCCGGCUGUGUUCGGUCAUCGUGCCGUUUCGUAUUCCAGACGACGACGACGACGACGCGGACGCGGACGCGCGCGGACGCCGCGAACGGAUCCGCGGGCUGCGCGCCGCCGCCGCGGCGUUCUCGGAGGCGACCGGGAUACCUUCGUGGUCGCGCGGCGUGCCCGCGUAUACGCCCGCGACGACCGACCGGAAACGGUUCGACGAGGCCGCGAUCGUGGCGUCGCUCGCGGCGGCGCUGAAGCAGCUGCGCGCGGCGUUCCCGGCGCUCCAGGGCGUCGUGGCCGGGCACUGCCACGACCUCCGAUCGCUCUCCAUCGCGGAGGCGGCGUGCGAACGCGUCGGCGUGCACUGCCUCGCGCCGUCGUGGGGACAGGCGCGUUCUAUACACUAG